AUGGGCACUGAGUCCGAGACCCAGGGCAGCUCUGGCGUUCCCGCCGGCAACUUCCGCAAGAUCUCCAAGCCGCUGACGGAGAAGAAGCGACGGGCGCGCAUUAAUGUGUCGCUGGAGCAGCUCAGAUCGUUGCUAGAGAAACACUACUCGCACCAGAUCCGGAAACGCAAGUUGGAGAAGGCAGACAUACUGGAGCUGAGCGUCAAGUACAUGAAAAGCCUUCAGAACUCGGUGCAAGGGCUCUGGCCGGUCCCCAGCGGAGCCGAGUACCCGUCGGGCUUCCGCGGCUGUCUGCCGGGCGUUAGCCAACUUCUGCGGCGCGAAGAGGAGGGCGGCGACGGUCUGCGCUGCCCCCUGGCGCACGAGCGCGCGGGUGGCAGCACCAUGGACAGCGCCAGUCCCGGCCCCGAGGCGCCCGCGCAGCGCGGCCCCGGCGCCCCCCCAGUUUGGGCCCCUGCUCCGGCCGCCGCCGGCUCGCGGUCCCCGCCACCCCGGCUCCUCUUCUCUGGAGGCGUCCCCGGUCAGUCCACCAGCAUCCCCGCGCCGCAGUCGGCGUCUCGCCGCUUCGCCGAGAGCACGGGGCCGGGGCUGCGCUUGUGGCGGCCCUGGUGA